AUGCCUAGUGGACGCUUGUUUUGUGAUGUUUGUAAAUCUUAUGAUCAAGAUGCUUCUAAUUGCCCUCGUGCAUGUAUGGAUGUUUGUGAUGAUCAAGAUGGAAAUGUGAAUGAGCAUGUGAAUUAUGUGUCAAACAAUAAUGAUUCUACGUUUGAGAAUAAAAGAAGCCUAGAUCCCAAGAGACUGGUCAAUGCUAUUGUUACAAGAAGUGGUAAGGUUCUUGAGGAGAGUUUUCAUAGGAAGAGUGAGAUCAAGGAGGCCACAAAAGAGGUUUUGGUAGAAGAUGAGAGAGAUGGUGCAUCUUUCAGUGAGGUUAAGAUUGAGAAACCUAGUGAGUGCAAUUACAAUGAACAAGAUGCCACAAAGCUAAAAGACCCCGGAAACUUUUCCAUCCCUUGUGCCAUUUACAAAAUGAAAAUUGACAAUGGUUUAUGUGACCUAGGUGCUAGUGUUAGCCUUAUGCCAUAUUUGGUAUACCAAAGGCUUGAGAUAGGGGAACUCUUUCCUACCAACAUCACUUUGCAAUUGGUCGAUAGAUCAAUUAAGUUUCCUAAGGGUAAGCUGGAGGAUGUCCCUUUGAGGGUUGGGAAAUUUGUUAUUCUGGUAGAUUUUGUGGUGCUUGAGAUGGACGAAGAUUCUAGCGUUUUUUCUAUAUUUCUAGGGAGACUAUUCCUUGCUACUUCGGGUUAUAUGAUAGAUGUGAAGAGUGCUAAAAUUUCAAUCAAAUUAGAGGAUGAGGUUAUAGAAUUUAACUUGAAUGAUAGUAUAAAGUAUCCAAGUUCUUCUUUAGAAAAUUGCAUGUUGAUUGAUUCUCUUGAUCAUGUGAGCGCCAAGCUUAAGAGUUGUUUGGUGUUUUGA